AUGCUGUGCCUUUGCCGUUGGCGCCUGGCGAGUGACGACCGAUCUCGCCAGCACGGUGACGGGAGGGUCACGCCGCGCUCCGACCUUGACGAUUUGCAAAUCCCUACCAACAAGAGACUUCUUAUUGAGCUCUCAUAUUUGAAAAGGCGCAAAGCGAUUCCGUGGCAAGGGUCAUCUGCAAGUCCACACAUGGCUGGGCCCACAGCCCCGCGGUCUGCCCGCGCCGUCUAA